AUGCUAGUAAAAUACAUUCUUGUAGCCUUUUGGGCUACCAUGGCCUGGGCCAAAAGCUUUUCAGAGGAUAUUUCGGGAAUCCCGGAGUUGUCAGAUAUGUCUGCGUAUCUUAACCGGACACCCGAGGCCAAGGAUAAACUGGAUUCGCUACAGGAUGUUACCAUUUUGGGACUUGAUAAUAAUGCCUUCCGUGAAUUUGUGGGAUCAGGGCAAGAAAAUAGCUCCGAGCAAUCGGGAAACUCGGACCUCGUGAACGGUAUUUUUACUUAUCAGAUCGUGAAAGGUUCGCAUAAUUCGGAAGACAUCACCACUACACCGCAGUUCCCAGCCACAGAAUUAAACGAGAGUGGCUUCACCAAUGUCAGCUCCGGUCAAGUUGUUCAGCUCGUUGAGUUCGAAGGAAAGGAUUACGCCAUCAGUGGUUUGAACCAAAACUCGACCAUCAUCAAGCCUGGUCAAAGAUCUGAUAAUGGAGUGAUUCAUGUCAUCGAUCACCCCUUGACACUUCCCCAGAGUACGACAGCUACCCUUGAGGCCGCUAACCUCACCAGCUUCCUGGGUGCCGUGCAGGGGGGUGAUGCUGUCUCCAACGCCAAUGAUCAGAAGGAUAUUACUGUUUUCGCUCCAAGAAAUCUCGGAUUCCGGAGAAUUGGAUCUGCUUUUGAAAAUAUUUCCGAUGAAGACCUAGGCAAAAUUGCAAACUACCAUAUUGUUAAGGGUAAGAUACUAUACUCUGCGGACUUUAAAGACGAGAGCCACGCCACCUAUGGUGAUAAAGAUUUGCACCUCUCUGUCGUCAACGGGCGGGCUUUUGUAAACUCCGCUCGAGUUGAAUCCACCAAUCUUCUAGUUAACAAUGGAGUUUUGCAUGUGAUAUCUGAUGUUCUUAACCCGAACAACGACACUGCCAAGCCAGUUCCAGAUGCUGAUCCACCACCGCCAGCUUUUGAAAAUGAAUCAGCAGUUAGCACAGACCCAUUGACAGACGGAAUUUCUGCUCCAACUUCUGUGGUUCCCCUGCCACCUGCAACAACUGUCGAUGGGGGCGAGACUGGAGGCGGCGGCGGUGGAGGUGGUGUGGGCGGUGGUGGAGGUGGCGGAACGUCUGCAACGAGCUCACCUACGAAAGGCGCCGCUGCAACCGAGCCAGCGAAAGCUGGUCUAGCUGCUGCAGUGGGCUUGGGUGUUGUCUUGUUUAACGCUUAA